AUGGACGAAGAUGAAGAGGAGGCGCUGGUUGAAGAGGCCGAGGCUGAGGCUGAUCUAAUCUGUGCUCUUGCCCGCAAGAUGACCACCGCCGUGUCGGGCAAGGGCCGCUUCUCUGUUUGCUACGCAAAGGGCUCGGCUGGGGCCUCGUCGUCACCGGUGCUGGUACCCAUCGCUCUUGGCGAUGGGGCCCCGCCGCUUGUCUUUGAUGUUGCUGUGGCCAAGGAGGCGUACUCGGCCACGCUUGCUCUCGUUCCCAUCGCAGCCGAGGCUGCAUAUGAUGUAUACUGGCAGACGAUGGUUUCUAGUAGCACUACAUCAGCGCAGCUGGAGUACUCGCCGCAGAAGCGGCCGCUCCCUCCGCGCCGCACUCUCCGCGCGGUUCUGCUCGUCGGGCUCGACACCGUUGCUGUCGACGAGUCCACCGUCUUUGUCCCUGCUGCAGACACCUUCUUUCUCUCACCAUCGCCAUACCUCUUUGCCCACGGCCUCCGCCUCUCCAAGCCAUCACCCAUGCGCAUAGACUGGUACGGCCCUGGUCCAGAGACGCCCGGCGCAGCUGCCGGCCUCUGGAUCGGCCUUGUUCCUCAAGCAAAGGCACCCAAGCCAGGUGCCAGGUUUGCCCGGACAAAAGCAACGGUUGCUGCUGAUCUUGUUCCUCCUCUAGACGGCGAAGAGCACGAGGAGCAGGAGGAGGAAGAGAGCGGGGGUACUCGUGCGCGGCGAUCGAACCGUGGACGUGGUCGUGGUGGUGGCGGCCGCGGUCGUGGCCGCUCCUCCCGCACCAGAGGUGGAGGCGGUGCCGCAGCGUCGUCGUCAACAGCCGCUCCUGAAGCCAAGCCUGACGACAACGCUGACGACGCUGUGCCUGAGGGCAUGGAUCCACGGAUCGGCUAUUACGGCUCGCGUAUGAUUCCAACCGCUGCGCUCUCCGAGGGAGUGUACGUGGCCGUUGUCGGCGACAGCAGCGGCAUGCUCCUUGCUGUCGCUGACAAGCCCGUCACGCUCGACACCAUGUUCCGCGAUGAGUCGCGAGAGGUCAUCUUUGGUGAUGUCGGCAUCACUUCUGAUGCCGUUGUCGCCGGCCUCUCGCACGACGGUGAUACGUUUGACCACAACAUGGAGCUUGAUGGCUUGACCAUCGAGGUUGUGACCAAGAAGGCGGGUGUUGUGGCCGCUGGCGAGGGGCUCUCGGUCACCUGGUCGUUCCCAUCCGACUACACACUCGGGAUGGAGAUGCUCUACAUCGCGCCAGUGGGCAAGGGCAUGAUGGGCACUGUCGCCGCUACCCAGAUCACCAAAGCGUCUGGUUCGUACGAGAUCGAUGACUCGUAUGCUGGAGCAGUGUUCAAGCACGACGUCGUCUACGAGGCCUUUGUGGUCACCUCGACCGCUGUCCGUGGCCGCUCCGCUCCGUUCACUGCCAAGAUGAUCGACGAGACUGCUGCCGCUGCCGCUGCUGCCGAACGUGCUGCCUCGGGCUGGUCCAUUGCCAUUGCCGACAGCAAGUCCAAGGUCCAGUACGGCGCCCCCCUCGUGUGUACCUGGUCCAUCUCUACCGAAGAAGCCGAGGCCAUGGCCAUGACCCUUGCUGUUGCCGUUGUCGGCAAAACCGAGGCAGUCACCGACGGCUUACCGGGCCUCUCAGUCACGCUCGAUCGCCAAAUCCUCGCCGAGGUCGAGUUUAAGGUCAUCGACAAGGCUGGUCUCUCGUUCUCGAUGGUGUCCGAUGCGGCGUCGGACGCGUCCUGGCGCCUUGCAUCCGGCUCGUACUACUCGGCCUUUUCCACCGUUCUCAAGUCUGCCAAGGCAGCAGGGACCCGCUACUCGGACUCGUCGUUUAUCUCGGGCGCGGCGUCGUCGCUCUGGCUCAACCCGGCCAAGCCACCGCCGGACGAGUACAUCGCCCACCCGGAGCACGAGUGGCUACCGUGUAUCCUCCCGUCAUCAACCGACGACUUUCCGUGCCCGAUCGAGCAGGGUGGCAUCGGCGACUGCUAUCUCAUCUCGUCGCUCAACGUCAUGGCCUCAGCACGCCAUGCCGACGCCAUGCUCCGCGAUCUUUUUGUGGGCUACGACAUCAUCAUGGGCGCGUACGCGCUCUCGCUCUACCGAUUUGGCAUCCGCAAGCUGGUCACCAUCGACGACCUUGUCCCGGCCACACCCUCAGGCAAGCCGCUCUUUGCCUGGGGCGAGGACCGCGGCCAGCUGUAUGCACCGCUCAUCGAGAAGGCGUACGCUGCCAUGUACGGCUGCUACGAGGCCAUUGAUGGCGGUCUCGAACGCUUUGCCAUGAUGGAGAUGACCGGUGGCAUGGCCAUGGCCGUCCCGCUUCCGGCUGCGCUCACUCCUGGCGCGCUUGCCACACUCUGGGACACGGUGCUGGCUGCCUUUGACUCUGGGGCGCUGCUUGCAUGCUCACGAGCGCACGACGAUCCCGAAAACUUUGAUACUGAUCCCGAGACCGGCAUUGUGUACAACCAUGCGUACGGCAUUGUCAAGGCCGUCCAGCUCAAGAACAAGACCAAGACGCGUCUGCUGCAGAUUCGCAAUCCGCACGGCUCUGGCGAGUGGUCCGGUGCCUGGUCCGAUGACUCGCCGCUGUGGACUGCCAAGCUCCGCGCCGCUGCAGGUGCUACCGAGUCCAAGGUCGACGACGGCCUGUUCUUCAUGUCCAUUGAGGACUUUGCCACCUACUUUACCGCCGUCGAUGCCUGCUACCCCAUCCCGGACGGCUGGGGCCACGCGUCGUUUGAGACACAGUGGACGCUUGACAACGUCAUGGCCAAGGAUGGCAUCGCGCCGCUCGACUCGUUCACGCCACUUGCCGAUCUUGUCGAGGCCUCGGCUGAAGCUGAGGACGCGUGGUGGCACGCGCCGUCUGUCCGCAUCACUGUCGCCUCGGAGACCGAAGUCAUUGUCGCACUCUACCAGUCUGACAUGGAGCUGUUUGUCGAAGCGUCGGAUCCAUCGCAUCCGGUCUACCGUAGAACUAACGAUCUUGUCCACGCCGUCGGCAUCCGCAUCGAGACCCUCCGUCGUGGUGAUACUCAGCCGCAAUUUGCCGCCCCAGUGGAAGGUGACGACGACGACGACGACGAGGCCGGCUUCAACUUUGAGUUUGGCUCUCCGCCCAUCAACACCACAACCCUCGUUGAUCUAGCUCCCGCCACUGAGCCGCAGGUCUUUGUCCGCACUGUCCUGCCGAAGGGCGUCCACAUUGUCUACGCCCGCUCGGUCCGUGCAGACAUUCAGGGCUGGACUGUCGGCCAUCUCCGGGUCUUUGCGCCCGAUCUCUCGCUACUCACUCUCGACGUCAACGAGUGCUGCGAGAUGCUCAACACCAAGUUCCGUGCCGUGAACCUUGAUCAGGUCAUGGGCAAGGGCGGUGCCCACAAGCUUCCGCUCGCCACCAUGGCCGAGCUUGAUGUUUUGGCGAUGAUGACGGUGAGUCCAGCGAGUCCGGCGAUGGCGAUGGCGAUGGCGAUGGCGACGGAAAGGCCGAGGUAG